CUGAUCAGGCAGUGUCAUAAGGGCAGCCGCCAACUCUUCCGCGCAGACUCAGACCUGACAACAGCUUCCGCAGCUCUAUCCGCAAGCAACCUCACCUGCAUCAUGGUCGAGAAACGCCCUUAUCCUGGCGACCAUGGCGACCCUAACAAACGCUCCCGACCUGAUCCUGUAGCCAUGGCUCGCGCAAAGGCUGCUGAAAUCUCCGCCAAAGCGAAGGCCGCCGAAAUUGCUGCCAGAGCAAAAGCUGCCCAGAUCAUGUCGCAGAGACCCGCGAAUGGAGCCUCUCCCUCACCGGCUCCGGUCGCCUCUCCUACCCCGCCAGCCCCCGCUCCGUCGGCCUCGUCGAGGCUGCAGGCCCUCAAGGCCAGAUUGGCUGACAUGACUGCCGUGGCAAAAAAUGCUAAUGGCGGCCCCUUUAUUUCCACUUUCACUUCCACUGAAGGUUCCCGUCCUACCACGAUCGAUCCGAAACCCUCUCAACCAGAACCUCAGCCAGAGCCCAAAAAGGAAGAGCUACCCAACAAUCCCUAUUUCGAUCCCAAAAACGCAGGUACCGCGCGAUCCAAAAACCCGCGCACGCUUCAAUUCAGCCGAACUGGAAAAUACCUCGAGCAAGGUUCCAAACUACGCGCUCAGCAGCGUCUAGAACACAUCAAGAAAACGUUGGCCAUUCAAGCUCGCCGCGCAGGCCUUGACGAGAAUAGCGAGCGAGGUUAUCUAGUCCAGCCUCCUCCUGACAUAGAAUGGUGGGACGAAGGUCUGCUAGAAGACAAGACGUACGACUGUCUGGACAGCCCAGACAAGGUUAAGCUGGAUGGGGACGAUACUGUCAUCACACUCUAUGUUCAACAUCCUCCUUACCUCAAAGCACCCCAGGAUCAGCUGCUCCAUGUAGCCAAACCAAUGUACCUGACAUCCAAGGAACAAGCCAAAUUACGACGGAUGCGUCGCAGGGAGGAUCUGAAGGAAGAACAGGCCAAGAUCCGUUUGGGCCUGAAGCCACCACCACCACCCAAGGUGAAGCGCGGCAACAUGAUGCGUGUCAUGGGCGAGCAAGCUAUCGCAGAUCCAACAGCUGUGGAGCAGUUGGUCGAGUCCCAGAUCAAGGAGCGCCACGAUCAGCAUCUGACGGCAAACGAAGAACGUAAAUUGACCAAAGAACAGCGACUUGCAAAACUCGAGGAACAACAGCAGAAAGACGCCCAGAAGGGACUCUACAUGUGUGUCUUCAAGGUUGAUACGUUGGCGUUUGGCAAACAUCGAUCGAAGGUUGAUCUGAAUUCCAAGCAACUGGCACUCACCGGCAUCACUCUAUUCAACCCAACAAUGAACUUGAUAAUCAUCGAAGGCGGCAUCCAUUCAGUCAACAAGUACAAAAAGCUGAUGCUUCAGCGCAUCAAAUGGUCGGAAAAUGCGCUUCCUACGGAUACACAGGCCGAGAAGCAAGUGAACGAUCCACAAUGGAUGAAGUCAGUAGAUGCCCAGGGUCAGCUGAAGGACUUGUCUUACAACAGUUGUAAACUGGUUUUCGAAGGCGAGGUCAAGCAGCGAAAUUUCCGGAAAUGGGGCUCUAAACGAUGUGAAACCGAUGGCGAGGCGCGGGAGUUCCUCUCACGAAGCAAGCUGGAUAGUCUGUGGGCUCUCGCGAAGAACUCACCUGGACUCUAAAUUGUUGGCUAGGAGUUUUUGCAGUGGGGGUCUGUUUUAGUGCUCAGUUGAUGUAAGUUUACUCAAACCACCUAUAGCUCCAGAGAGAGAGAAAUUUCAAACGUUAAUUGCAAAUCUUUGUUCGCGGUGGUGUUCAGACUAUCAUGCUUUGCAUUGUCCAAGCUUGACCCCGAAUGGGGGGUUAACAUACGCUCCGGUAAGACAUCAGCGGCCUAGGUAUGCGCAGCAGUCCUCCCUCCCUCCCUCCCUCCUUCCUCUUUUUCUCGUUCUCUUUCUCUGCCUGUUCUAUCCCCUUUCCUUCGUCCCCUUGUUCUCUUGUGGAAAUGAGGUAGGUUCCUCGCAUCUGUUCUAUGUGCCGUGCUCCUACACCUCAUUCCAGCUCCAAUUCCCAUGUCCAUCCCCUCUCCUCCCCCACUUCCACAUCGCGCGCAAAACCCCAAUGCAACAACACACUUUCUCAGCAUAGUUUGCCAGAAUAGAGAACCCCCCCUUCUUCCUCCUUGGCCAGCCCGUCUCCGCCCUGUGAAUAGAAUAGUGUUUGUAGUGGUGAUGUGUGUAUACGUGCUUUGCUUUCCUCGAUCCUGCCUUGCCUUGCCUUGAUUUGACUCAACUCCACUGAAACUCCACUGGGGAGUCACCAGGCUUAGUUUUGAUUUGUGUUUUCGUACGAGUUGUGUGCAUCCUCUCGCGAUGAGAGCAGAGAAGUAAAGAGAUGGUAGUGUUCUUUUAUCAAUUCUUAUGGUAUUCGUAUAUGUGUGUAUGCACUUGAUUUGUACCGUAGUAAGAGGAGAGGAGGGAUAUAUGAUAAUGAGAUAGUCAUUCAUCCAUGUAUCCAUUC